UUUGGGUUGCAAAAGUUAAAAGAGUGUCUUCGUGUAGUGAUGGAGUUCCGUCUCUCAAAAAUGCUUACUUUUCUCACUCUGACCACACUGGUGGGAAUGGCAAGUCAUGCAGCUGCUGUGCGGCAGCCGUUGCCUCAACUUUCCUACUGGAACUCCGUCCUGCCGAACACGCCAAUUCCAAAAGCUUUUCGUGAACUUAUCCAUCCUGGAGACUUAGUAUCCAAGAACUUUCUCCGUCCUGCUGGCACUGAGAACCAACUUGACAAAGCCACUGAUGCUCUUGGCCCUUGUGCUGGCUUAGUCCUCAUGGAGAAGGACUUGCACCCUGGAAAAACAGUGAAAUAUGGCUUCCCCAGAGAUACAACAAGCAAAUCAUCACGUUUCGUGUCCCGCCCAACCGCAGAGUCGAUCCCCUUCUCAUCAAACAAAAUGGAAGAAAUUCUCAAACGAUUUUCGCUGAGGCCGGAAUCAUCAGAAGCCAAUACAAUCAAGGAAACCAUUGAUUAUUGCGAAAUGCCGGCCAUGAAAGGAGAAGAAAGAUAUUGUGCUACCUCUUUGGAGUCACUGGUUGACUUCGCCACCUCCGAGCUCGGAUCGAACAUCCGAACAAUGUCGACGGAGGUGGAAAGAGGAGCCAACAAUGAUGUGGAGCAGACUUACACAAUAACCGACGGAGUGAAGGUGCUGGCCGAGGACAAAGUCGUCACGUGCCAUAAGAUGAGCUAUCCAUUUGCUGUGUUCUUGUGCCAUGCCAUAGAAAAGACAAGGGCCUACAUGGUGCCUAUGGAAGGUGCCGACGGGACCAAGGCAAAUGCAGUAAUUAUUUGCCAUCGAGACACAUCUAAAUUUGCACCAAACAAUUGGGGCUUGUCACAGCUCCAUCUUAAACCAGGAGAAGGUCCCCUCUGCCAUCUUCUCUCCGACGGACAUCUUACCUGGCUUAGAGAGAAAAACCUAGAUGAACAAUACAUAGUUUCAGUUGUCUAAUCGUCGUAGUAGUAUUAACGACGAUCGGGCAGCUGAAACAGAACCCCAUAAGAAUGGGGUACUUGUAUCUGCUCCAUGAAAAUAAAUAAUAACAGGCAGCUGAAUAAAAAAAGAAUCCCAUAAUAAUGGGGUACUUGUAUAUGCUCCAUGACAAUAAAUAAAGGAAUGCCUUGAGAA